UCAAGCCCCUAGGCAUGCAGACUGCUUCUACAAACAUUUGUGAAAGAAUGGGUCGCUCUCAGGAGCUCAGUGACUCCAAGCGUGGUCCCGUGAUAGGUUGCCACCUGUGCAAUACGUCCAUCCGUGACAUUUCCUGGCAGCUAAAUAUUCCACGGUCAACUGUUAGUGGUAUCAUAACAAAGUGGAAGCAACUGGGAACAACAGCAACUCAGCCACCAAGUGUUAGGCCACGUAAAAUGACAGAGCGGGGUCAGCGCAUGCUGAAGCACACAGUGCACAGAAGUCGCCAACUGUCUGCCGAGUCAAUGGCUAAAAACCAAACUUUGUGUGGCCUUCAGAUUAGCACAACAACAAUGCGUAGAGAGCUUCAUGGAAUGGGUUUCCAGGGCCGAGCAACUGCAUCCAAGCCUUACAUCACCGAGUGCAAUGCAAAGCGUUGGAUGUUGUGGUGUAAAGCAUGCCGUCACUGGACUCUAGAGCAGUGGAGAUGUGUUCUCUGUAGUGACGAAUUAACACUUCUCUGUCUGGCAAUUUGAUGAAUGUGUCUGGAUUUGGCAGUUGCCAGGAGAACGGUACUUGCCUGACUG